CUAUGACUUUUGUUGUUUUGCUGUGUUGGAGAUAGUUGGAACAUCGUUGAAAAUUGAGUUUAUUUUUGUUUUACUUCUCGUUUAGAUUAUAUUCUUUAUAAUACAACUGUUUCAUCAUGGAGUCCGAAGUAAUCAAGGAAAAGAUUCAUACUGAGCCGAUGUUAAACGAUCCUCGGUAUAUAACCUUACUAAGCGUUAUAGUACUUCUCUUCACAUUGGUUUUCUGGUGGUUUUUCUCGAGGAGGCGUCAACAGCGCAAUUCCGUGCUAUUGAUGGGUCUGUCUGAUUCUGGUAAAACACUACUGUUUGUGAGGCUAGCUUAUUCUCAAUACAGACAGACGUUCACGUCCAUGAAGGAGAAUGUUGAAGAAUACCUUACUUCCAGUAAUAACUUGAAGAUUGUAGACUUGCCAGGUCAGGAACGGUUGAGGAACAAGUUCUUUGAUCAGUACAAGGGCAGUGCUAAAGCCAUAGUAUUUGUCAUUGAUUCCGUUACUAUACAGAAGGAGAUCAGAGAUGUUGCUGAGUACUUGUACACUGUUCUGUCGGACCCUACUAUCCAGAGCAACAGUCCUCCUCUACUGAUCCUCUGUAACAAGCAGGACCAACCCUUGGCCAAGGGAAGUCAGGUCAUCAAGAGUCUGUUGGAGAAGGAGUUGAACCUAGUCCGCGUCACAAAAUCCAGUCAAUUGCAGUCAGUAGAUCCAUCUCAGCGCAACAAUACUACAUACAUCGGCAAGGUCGGCAAGGACUUUGAGUUCUCUCACCUUAACAGCCGCGUAGACAUCGCCGAGAGCUCGGCCAAUACUGGUGAUGAUGACACACCGGCCGACAUCAAAACACUGCAGGACUGGAUCUCGAAAUUUUAAAAGAAAUACCUAGUUUUGAGGCUUUUCCUUAUACUCCAUAACUGUGAUAUAUCUACACAGUGAAGUUAAAACAUGAGCUAUACUUAUAACGUGAACUGAGCAUUUUUUUUUUAUAAAUAUUAUCUUUGCUUGAUUUUAAUGAUUGUGUUUUCCAAUUUACCAUGAAGUCAUUUUUCUGUUUCUUACACGAUGUAUGUGCAAAACUUGUGAUUUUGAAUGUAUUAAGAGAGUAAUUGUAAUGUUUGUUAUGCAAUGAUGUUAAAAACAUCGAAUUUAUACAAUGUUUCUUCAUAAUCUAUCUUUGUAGGUAUGAGAUAUCAAUCUCGAAAAAUGUGCAUUUUAUGAGUAUGUACUGUUGCAAAUUUGUGAUUGUCAAGAAUUUUGUAAUAAUAAAGCUUGACUGAUUUUUAAUAAA